AUGCUUGAUUACUCUCUGUUUCUUCUCGCCGAUAUUGCUCUUUCAACAAACAAUCCGCCCAAUGCCGACAACCUAACAGGAUACACGGAUUCAGACAACAUGCAAACGCUCAAUCCAUUUAGCCACCAACAGACGAUAGACAUUGGCAUAGUCCCGAAUCCAGUCAUUGACUUCGGUGUGCCUAGGAUAAAAACGUUCUCAGACGCGAACAUACCUGGAACGCCUGAGAUGGUCAUCGACUAUACGACAGAGACAUUCUCCGAUACCAACAUACCCGGAACGCCUGAGAUCAUUUUUGGGAAUAUGUUCGAUUAUACGACAGAGACCUACUCCGAUACCAACAUACCCGGAACGCCUGAGAUGGUUUUUGGGAAUACUUUCCAUCUUACAACAGAGACAUUCUCCGAUACCAACAUACCCGGAACGCCUGAGAUGGUUUUUGGGAAUACUUUCCAUCAUACAACAGAGACAUUCUCCGAUACCAACAUACCCGGAACGCCUGAGUUGAUUCUAAGGGAUACACUCUAUCCUGCGAUAGAGACAUUCUCUAACACGAAUAUCCCAAGGGAUACACUCUUUCCUAUGACAGAGACAUAUAGGCAGUUUGUCUACUCUGUCAGAAGCUUGGCAACAUACCGCUGCAUCUCCAACCUUGUCGGAUCCACUGAUCAUUCCUUCGGCGGCGCUCUCAGGACUAUGCGCCGCCUUUUCGAGCUGAAUUUGCUGCUUCGGUUCUCUUUUGAGCGCCCUACAUGCCUCCGCGACAAGCGCUUCUUGGUCGAUAAGCCGGGUUGCCUCCAGCUGCCCCACCCGUUAGGCCACUCAUAUCAAGGCCAACUAGAAUGCUGCCGUAAAGCUUCCUCACACCUCAUUUCUGGAUAUUUCAGGCCGUCGAUCAACGUCACUAGAUUCAAACCACGAAAUACCCGAGACUCGGUCGCUUCAAGCCACGAACCCCCCUGGUCCUCCACGGGAUUUUCCUCGGCCUCCAUUAUCGAUCAAUCCCGUCCCGAAGGACCCCUCCCCGAAGCCAUGGGAGACCUUGCUGCCUCGCCCUCGCUCGACGCCAUCCACAUCAGCGAGGAUCUCGCGCCCCUGCCCGAGAAGAAGAUAGCCGGCGACACGGACGUGACGUUUGACGGGCAGCUGGAGAGGCCGCUGCGUCUGCGGGAGGACCUGCGCACCGGCUGUGGCGGGCAGACGUGGCCCGCGGGCAUGGUGCUCGGGAAACACAUGCUGCGCUACCAUAGGCAUGAGCUCCAGGAUGCGAGAAUACUAGAACUCGGAGCCGGUGGCGGCCUCGUCGGUCUUGCGGUCGCGCUAGGUUGCGGCGUGGCGAGCCGCCUCAUGCUGACGGACCAGCUCGAGAUGCUCCAGCUCAUGAAGCACAACAUAACAUUGAAUCAAGUCGACGACAAGGCCACUGCUUCGAUCCUAAACUGGGGAGAGCCGCUGCCCCAAGAGGUCGUCGACUACAAGCCCAACGUGAUUCUCGCCGGCGAGUGCGUUUACUUUGAGCCCGCCUUUCCGCUGCUCAUGCAGACCUUGCGGGAUCUCCUCACUCUCUGCCCCGACGCCGUCGUCUACUUUUGCUUCAAGAAGCGCCGCCGCGCCGACAUGCACUUUGUCAAGAUGGCCCGGAAAGCCUUUACCGUCGAGGAGAUCUUUGACGACGACCGGCCCGUCUUUUCGCGGCAGUCGCUGUUCCUCUUUACCUUUCGGGCCAAGCUCGGCAAGCAACAGACGAAAAAGCCGGCGAGCGAGGAGGCGGCAGCGCCCGCGUCGUAG